AUGACCUUGGAAUGGCUUCUGCCUGCUGUGAAGACAGGUGCUUCAAAUGCUGUGUACAAGCGAUGGAUUCCAAACACUAAUUUUGAAAAUAGUUCCAACUGGGAUCAAGGCCGAGUUCCAUGUGCUACGGAUGCCAUCCUUUUUGAGAGCAGCAAGGUUGUGUCGGUCUUUGUCCAGUCAUCUCAUGCUUUGACAGACAUGUUCAUCCCACUGAAUGGAGAAUUCAUUUUGGCCCCCGGUGCUGGGUUUGCAGCUUUUGACAGCCGUUCCAAUCCAGGAUGUGACACAGCUACCAAAGUCACAUUCACCAGUGCAGAGAACUACCAGUGGUAUGAUCCCACAUUGUGGGAGGCUGCAACUUCCUUAGACAACCUUGAACAGGGCAAGCUGAUGUUCUCUGUGGAUGAAGAACGAGUCCCGUGUCAGUAUGACGACGCUAUCUUUCAGCCUGAAACGUCUUUUCGAGUGAACAUCGAGUCGCCUGAGCAGAUGAUACAGCUUAAGAGCAUUUCUAUAAUGGGACAGAAGUUCACCAGCGACAGCACCCUGGCAGAAUAUAUGCAGAGCUUGUCUGGAAAACUGCAGUUCCAUGGACAAGGGAGAUUCCAGUUGUCGAAUUCCAGGUGUCCAGACAAAUCCGGCUGUCAAUGUGGAAAUGCUGCAAGCCAUGACAGAAUCUGCACUGCCCUGCUCCAGAAGACCGGAAAUCGCUGUCCAACAGUGGUGUGCAAGGGUCCACUGAAACCUGUCGGUCAUUGCUGUGAAAUAUGUGGAGCCACCAUUUCCUUGGAAUACUCUUCUGGUUUUGACAUUGAGCUGUAUCGGGACAGAAUACUUCACACUUUUCUGAGUCUGCCCAAGAACGCAGGUGUGCAGGUGGCCAUAUCGAAGGUGCACAAGCCACACACCUCCCCAGGAAUGGGGCCACGCAGCUCUGCCCCUUUCAUCCAGAUCGUGCUAAUGGACAAGACUGAGCCACAGACCGGGACUUCUGCUGAACAGCUGGCUAAAGACAUCAUGAAGGACGUGGCAGAGCACGGAGCAUCCCUUGGCAUUGUGACAGCCAGCAUGCAGGCGACCACGGGCAGUAACCAGGGCACGCAGAGAGCCACCCUGGUGGGCGCUACGAUCGCUGCAACAGCUGCUGGUCUCUUCCUCGUCCUACUGCUGCUGGGAAUCGUCCUUCUUCGCAGGAAAGGGACGUUAAGACCUUUCCCCUUGGCAUAUCUUGCGUCCUUGUGGAACCAAAAAAGGGACCUGGAACCUUCAGGAGACUUACCUGACAAAGGAUUUGAUAACCCGAUAUUUGACACACCUUCCAGUCCAGAGGCUUUAGCUGACAUGUACUGUGUGGAAGGAAAACUGGAGGAGAUGGAGAGCAAACAGAGCCAGCUUUAUUACAUGAAUCCCUUAUAUGACGAAACAGAACUUAGUGCUUAA